UAAAAGUUUGGACCUGCCGGUGGGACCUGGCCAUUUAAGAGGCAGGCAGAUGGCCAUUCUUCGGUGUGUUAGAGCAGGGAGGCAGGAAGUGGUAGAGGAUUUUUUCUGUGAUGAGUCGACGAGACUCCCUGCCAUGGUCCGCAUCUGUAACCCUCAGCCGUGUCCUGCUAGGUGGGAGGUAAGUGAGUGGUCUCAGUGCUCUGAGCCAUGUGGUGUGGGUCUGCAGACACGCAGUGUGUGGUGUGUCAGGUCUGUGGGGGGUAACAUCACAGAGCCAGUGGAGUUGUCCGAGUGCAGAGAGAUCAGACCCCCGGAGCUACAGGCCUGCAACCAGCACCACUGCCCACCAACCUGGGAGACAGAGGAGUGGCAGCAGUGCUCUCAGGCAUGUGUGAGGGGAACACAGUGGCGGAAGGUUUACUGCAGGCAGCGUCUGGCCGGCGGGAGCUUCCGGAAGCUUCCGGAUGAAGAGUGUGAUGGAGUUAAACCUGCUACACACCGGCCAUGCACAGACACACACUGUCUACAGCCACACCUGGAUGGGGGAGAGUGGUCCAAGUGCUCUGUGACCUGUGGAAAGGGGAUCCAGCGCAGGGAGCCUGUAUGUAGAAGGCUGACAGUGUCUGGGCAGCUAGUCACUCUGGACAGAUCCGCCUGCAGCGGCCUUCAAGCCCCACCACUAAUCAGAAGCUGCCGCAUGAGCCCCUGCAACAAGCACAAGUACUCCAAGAAACGAUGCCCUCAGGUUCUGGGCCUGAAACGCAUCUACAUCCAGACGAGGCAGGAGAAAAGGUUGAGUUUCACCAUCGGAGGAAGAGCUUAUCUGCUUCCAAAGACAUCCAUAGUAAUCAAGUGUCCAGUACGCCACUUUCCCAAAGCUCAAAUCCGCUGGGAGAAGGAUGGCCAGGAUCUUCAGAAUUCCAAACGUCUAAGCAUCACAAAAAGUGGAGCUUUGAGGAUAUACAGUCUAGAGGCUGGAGACAUUGGGCAAUAUCGCUGUUGGGCCAACCAGGCUUCAGACAUCUUCAUCCUGAAACUUAUAGGCCAUGAUAACAGGCUUCUGGAACAUCCUGAGGGGAAGAGCUUGGGGAAGGAGAAAAAUAAUGGUGGAUCCAGGACUUUCCCCAACAAAGAGGGAGGUUAUGUUAGUACCAAAUGUCAGGACCAGGAGGAAUUACCACUUGUCAAGAAGUUCCAAAAACCAGGUCAAAGCUGGGUGCAAAAAAAUGAGUUUUAUCUAGAUGAAGGCCAGCCUAAGGAGGACCCAGUGGCUUUGGGGAACUAUCUUCUUGCCACUAGUUCUGCCAGUGAUUCCCUGCUUUCAGCAGCUUCUGGAGCUUUCAGCCUAGAACCAUCUCAGUUUGAGGAACUGAUGAGGAAUAUCAGCCAGCUUGCAGAAAGUGGGGAUGUAACAGAUGAUCUUGCCUCCCACCUUAUUGGCAAGCUCAUGGAAGAAAUGGCAGCAGCACAGGCCACCUCAGAUAAGGGGGCAACCACUCAAGAGAGCACACCAGUUGGUAUACAUCUAGACAGGACUCCUAACUCCUCAGAGCGCUCUGGUACAAAGAGUUUGAAAAGCCGAGCAGUCAUCAUUCGACACAAGCAGCAUGGGUCCACCAUGAGCUUCCAGAGGGACCUCCAGAUCAAUAUAGGCCGGACUGCCUACAUAACCAAUGCCACUCACAGUCUGACAAUUCUGUGUUCAACUCAAGGGCUCCCUUCACCUGCUGUGUCCUGGAUGAAAGAUGGACUACCGCUAGGAGACAGGGGGUGGUGGGAUAGCUUUGGAGGACUGCACAUCGCCAACCCCGGCGCCAGAGACGCUGGAAUCUACAGGUGCACGGCCAGCAACGAAAUGGGAUCCGACUCUGAAACGACGCAAGUGCUUUUGGCUGAACCACCUGCUAUCAUGGCAUCUUCAAGGAACGUGUCAGAUCUCCGCAGUGCCAGUCUGAGGGUGCCAGUAGGGAGCAGAAUCAGUGUCCGUUUAGGUGCCAACCUCACUCUUGACUGCCCUGUAACAGGUGUUCCUCAGCCGUCAGUGAGCUGGCACCGGUUGGAGGGUUCUCUGAGCUCCGGCGCUGUCUCACUCCCAAACGCCUCCCUGCUGCUCCAAAACCUCACGCUGCAGGACGACGGCACCUACACCUGCAUGGCAGCGAAUCCCAUUGGCAAAGCAGCGUCUUCCAGCAUCAUCCAUGUGACGGCACUCACAACAUCUUCAGAGCAGAAGGAGGUGAACAGGAAGCGAGUGGUGAUGGCGUCUCGGAUCGGCACUGUCAUCACCGUCGCACCGGGGGAUAUUCUGAGAAUAGGCUGUCCUGUCGUCCCCAGCCACAGGAGGCCUAUUAAGUGGACGUUUCAGAACCAAACCCUGAAGCAGGCAGCAGGCCUGCACUACCGCACACUGGUCAGCGGCCGCGUCCUGGAGAUCAACACACUGACCGGCAGGUUUGAAGGACAAUACGGGUGCCAAACACACACCAGUGACCAGCUCAUCUCUGCCUGGAUUCGGGUUCUCUCACAAGAGUUUGAGUGGCGUUUAGGUGAGUGGAGUGUGUGUAGUGCGAGCUGUGGAAACAGAGGCUCUCAGGUCAGAAAGACUUGGUGUGUUGGUGCUGAUGGUCAGGAAACACAUCUGUCCUCCUGCCACAAUCGUCCCAGACCGGUGUCCCGCCCACGGCCGUGCAACCUCCACCACUGCCCCCCCAGCUGGGUGUCCACCGUCUGGUCUAAAUGCUCCUCAUCGUGUGGCCGAGGCAUCCGGCAGCGGCAGGUUUCCUGUCAGCAUUUGGAGGCCAAUGGGAGCAUGCGGGUUCUGCCCAACUCAGAGUGUGAGGGGACCCCUAAGCCGGAGGAGAGUGAGGCGUGUGUAUCAGACGCCUGUGCUGAGUGGGUCACCGGAUCCUGGGGACAGUGUUCUGGUCGCUGUCUGGGUCCGGCUGUGUCCACUCAGAGCCGGACAGUUUCCUGCAGACAUCUGAACGGCUCCAACUCCAACUCUGCCUGCGACCCCAAACAGAGGCCAGCCUCAGUGCGGAACUGCACAUCAGAAAUGUGUGACGUUCACUGGCGGGUGUUGCCAUGGCGACGUUGCACGGCGGCCUGCGGGAGCGGCUUUCAGUCACGCAAGGUCGAAUGUGUCCAUCGGCAUAAUAACAAGACCCUCCCUGACCUGCACUGCGCCUGGCAACGGCGUCCGCUCACCUGGCAGCACUGCAGCAUCACCUCCUGCGGCAGUGAGUGUAAGGACACGACGCAUUACUGUGCGGUGGUGAAGCGCCUCAGACUCUGCCCGGUGGAGCCAUACACCCAGCGCUGCUGCCAGUCCUGCUCGCAGGACGACAUCUAGUGGUCAGUAACAGACCUGCUCACGCCCUUCCGGCAGACCCAAAGCUGACCGAUACGUCUCUAUCCAAUCCCAGCGUGUGCUGCCUCUACAGAUGUAUGAAAAAAGCUUCAAGACUUCGCUGAAUGAGUGAGGAAACAGCGCUGGCUGCACUAUUUUUGGACUUAAAGGACUCUGGUACACAGAGUGAGCUGAAAUGGACGCGCUUUGACAAUUCAAUUCAUCACUGAAGGAGAGAAAAGCACUAAAAAAGCAAAAAAAAAGCUCUCUCUCUCUCUCUUUCUCUCUUUUUUUCCCCCGACUAAACCCUGUUCAUUAACGGCAUCAUGUACGUAUUAAUUUAUGAGAAAUGUGUUUUUGGCUUUACUGAUUGAGGUAAGAAACAGAGAAUACUGCUGGACCAUUCACACCUGUGAAGGGACACUGAAGUGAGUACAGAUGAAAGUGUACAUAGUGUACUGACAUUAAACCCAUCAGUCACGCACAGUUUAAAAGACGAAACAGCCUGGCUUUCUUUUUCCUCUGAUAUUUUAGUUGAGAAACUGCAUCAAUAUUACAUUAAAGGAAUACUCUAAACCUCAUCUCCAUCAGCUGCAUCUGUAUCGCACUGUCAGUUACCACAGACAGUAACUUCAGUGCGUUUCCCAGUAAUCAAAAUACACAUAUAAUAGCAAUGUGCAGUUGCUGAAUUCUAUAUUAUAAACAUUACAUAAAUAUUUUAAAUAUAUGCGUAUGUAAUGCAAAUUACAAAGUACAACUAUACAACUUAGAGGCUAUGAGGGGUUUCUGACCGUUUGCAGCCCAAAAAACCAACCAUAAAAGCUUUUGCGGCUCACAAGACUUAACUCACCUGGGCUGUUCAAUUUUCUCCCCAAUUUAGUCGUGUCCAAUUCCACCCACUAAUUAGGACUCCCCCAGUCACGCGAUACUACCAGUGCUAGGAGGGCGAAGGCAAACACAGGCCUCCUCCGAGACCCGUGAAGCACUACCGCAUCUUUUCGAACUGCCGCCGUCAUUGGACAGCUGAAAACGCUUGGAGGAGAACACUAACCACCAGUUCUGUUACGUCAGCUAACAGACGCCUGUGCUGGGUAGCACAGCAUUGAGUGAUGGGGAGGAAGUAAAAGGGGGCCACCCAGAUAGAGCAAGGCCAACUGUUCUGUUUGGACUCCUGGCCACAGAUGGCUGUAGCAUCACAAGGGAUUGAUCUCGCAAUCCCAUUAUCACAAAGAUAUGCAUCAUAUUUACAAUGUUUGGUUAAAUGUCUACAUACUGUAAUGAAGUUUUGCAAUUUCAAAAAAAUUGUAAACUUUUCACCUUGUACAUUUUAGAUGGAGAACUGUAAUACCAUGAUACCAUAAAUUCGCUAAAUGAAAGUUUUACUCCAUUAACUCUUUACGAGUGUAAAUGAGCUUGUGCUAUAUAUAUAUUGCUGCUUCAGUUUUUGACAAAAUUUGAAAAUGCCUUUUGCCCUUUAUAUUCUCUGUACAUUUCAUGACGAAUGGACCAAAAGAAAUGGCCACAAUUUACUAGGAAAAAAGUCUGGUUUUAUUGACUUUCAUUAAAAGUAAAGUGGGUUUUUUACCUCUCCUGUAAAGUUUCCAUUUUGGAGAUGCAAGCUUUUGUUCUGACAAUAUGUAUACUGUAAGAGGGCCAUUGGCAGUCCGCUGCUCUAAACCUUACCCCACCAGAUGCGGCGUGCAGCACUGCAUAUCAGUUACAGCGCCAAUAACCACCAAGCACAAGCUCAUUUACACUCUACUCGUACAGAGUUAAUGGAGUAAAACUUUCAUUUAGUGAGUUGGUCACAUUUGGUAUAACUAACUUUUCACAAACUCACUGUUUUUCAGCUAAAAUAUAUGAGGUGACGCUAGUAAUGUUGUGGCGCUCAGAGAAAUUAAGCAGAGCUGGAAGGUGCUGUGUGGUGCGUGUACAUGUUCUUUAUGACGGUUUUGGAUUUUUAGACACAUGGUGCGUUUGGUGUGUGGCAGCCUUUCAGCUGUUCUUAUGAAGUUUUAUCCAACUUUCAAACAAGCAUUUCCAGUUGCUUUCACUCUCCUUCAGGUUCUUCUCCCUCAAAAAACUAGUUCCAAAUGAACAACUUAAUUUUCAAAUCCCUGACUGUUCUACCAAAACUCAUUUACUGAUGGUAUUCAGCGUCUGCCCACUGACUUCUAGGUUUUCUGUUAUUUUCUAAAUUCAGGGAAACGCCUCAAGAUUUUUUAAGGCACAUGUGUCGAGCUCCAGUCCUAACGGGCCAAAACACUGCAGACUUCUGCACGCUGUCUCAUUAAACACACCUGAUUUAGCUUAUAAGCUAAUUAAAAAAGACUUCAUGAAUUGAAUUCAGAGUCGAGGUCAAGACGAGGGUAAACACUGAUCUCUGCAGCACUUUGGCCUGGAAGGUCCCCAGUUUGACAUGCCUGAUUUAAGCUAAUCGACUACAUGCUACAGACACAGCGGACUGAGAUCAGUAGAUUAUUCCUUUAAAAGCGUUUUGUUUGUACAGUAGUGAAGCGUUGCUGCCAUAAGUAAACAUCUGUAAUGGUUUCUCCAUUUGAAAUGGAAAAGCCUUUUCAGAUGUACGUUUUGUGUGUGUGUGUGUGUGUGUGUUGAACCAAUGUGCUGCAUUGUAAAAUAUUUCUUGUACAUAAUGUGUUUUUAAGUGCAAUAUUGUACAUUGAGUGUAGAGAUUUUGGACUUUAUUUUCUUACUUGGCAGUUUAGUUUAGGUUGUAAUCCAUAUUUAAGGCUAAAAAUGUU